GAGGACACCUCGUUUCGAAUGAAGUGAUUCAAACAACCCCUUUGAAAACCAGUGCCCACUGUCCUAUACGCUAACACGGGUGCCCAGCCGCCGCAGUCUUUCGAACUGAGGAACCCUAGGCCCAGCACUCGGCGACGGCGGCGCGCCACCGGCGACGGGAUCAGCGGCAUCACUCCCCUCCUUCCCCGGCGCGGCGGCGCCCCGCACCUAGGCCCUAGCACUGCAGCACUCGACAACAGGAUCAGCGGUCGCGCCCCCCUCCUCCUUCCCCGGCGCGGCGGCGCCCUGUAGCUGCAGAUCUGCCACUGUCCGCCUGCCGGUCAUGGAGCACCUCCGGUGGCGCCCCACAGUGAACGAGCGCGACUUCAUUGAGUGUGCGCUCCAGUCUGACCUCCGUGUUGACGGCCGCCACUCCUUUGACUUCCGCAAGCUCAAGAUCACCUUCGGCAGGGAGGAUGGCUCGUCAGAGGUGCAGCUCGGGGAGACACACGUGAUGGGCUACGUGACCGUGCAGCUGGUGCAGCCAUACCGUGACAGGCCGAAUGAGGGGACGCUGGCCAUAUUCACCGAGUUCUCACCCAUGGCCGACCCCUCCUUUGAGCCUGGGCGUCCUGGGGAAUUAGCAAUUGAGCUUGGCCGAGUUAUUGACCGUGGCCUCAGGGAGAGUCGAGCUGUUGACAUGGAGUCCUUGUGUGUUGUUGCUGGGAAGCAUGUCUGGUCUGUGCGUGUGGACCUUCACAUCUUGGAUAACGGAGGGAAUCUCAUUGAUGCAGCUAAUAUCGCUGCAUUGGCAGCUUUAUCUACUUUCCGGAGGCCUGAAUGCACGGUUGGUGGGGACGAUGGUCAGCAAGUUACAGUGCAUGAUCCUGAGGUUAGGGAUCCACUUCCUCUUACGAUACACCAUAUGCCCAUAGCUGUAACAUUUGCAUAUUUUGGUGAAGGUAACAUCGUGGUUCUUGAUCCCACAUACAAGGAAGAAGCAGUAAUGGGAGGGAGGAUGACUGCUAUAGUUAACUCAAAUGGGGAUGUUUGUGCCAUUCAGAAAGCUGGUGGAGAGGGUGUCAUGUCAAGUGUUAUCAUGCAGUGUUUAAGAAUUGCUUCGGUAAAGGCUGCUGAUAUAACAAGCAAAAUAAAGAAAGCAGUAGACUCAUACACCACCGAGAAAGCCCUAAAGAAAGUAAAACGUUUGCCAACCUCGGUUCCUCAGAAAAUUAAUGUCACUAAUGUAACUAUGGACGGCAAAGGUGAUGGUGAAUUGGAAAAGCAAUCUGUGCAGAUGCAUAGUGAUGUUCAGCAGAUAAGCAAAGGUGAUGAGAACCAGCAAAGUAUAAAAAGGAAUUCACCCUUGACUAGGGACCGAAUUGCAAAACACAAACAAACAUCCACAUUCAUUGGUGGCCCAUCAAAUUGGGACCCAUAUUCUAAAGGAGUUACAUUAAGAUCCCUCAAAAUUUCUGAUUUGCCGGAUCCACCAACUAUGGUCAAGGCCAGCAGCCGUGAGGAUGCCCAACCAAUGACUGAAUCAUCUAAUGCUGAGGUGAACACAUCAAGUGCUGUGGCUGCUGGAGAGUCUGAGUCCCAUGAAAUUGGAUCGCCGAAGAGUCUAAAAGAUGCUAUCAAACCAAAACAUAAAAGAAAGAAGAAGAAAAGUGACAGGAGUUAGUUUAGUUGCAAGCCUGUAAUUUUGUAUGCCCCAGAUAAAUCAACGACAGUCUACAACACCUCAAACUCCUGAUUGAUUAGGUUUCAUCCGGGGUGCCAUACAUGGGUUUUUUGUGUGUUUUCAAUCGUGACUGGUGCUAGUAGUGACAGGCAAAUUUUGUACAAGCUGUAGAAUUGUAUUUUAGGAAUGGUUCAGUUAAGCUUUCAGUCAACUUUGCAGCUAGUUCUGUGAUGCGUGAUGUCCCAGCACUCUUACAUUUCAUUGUACUGCUCACCGUUAAUCUUCCAUUGUCCAAACGGUCGUAAGGAUUGCCAUAUUUGUUCCAACAGUCUUCAGUUGUGGUC